CGCGGGUCACUCUGCUCGGGGGGUAAGGAGGCUCCCAUUUUGUCCCCAAUGCUCAUCAUAUGAUAUUUGAACAAAGCAAAAAUUCUUCCAAUGGAAGAACAAAAUAACCUAAUUGAAAAUUGGCGAAGAUCAAUCACUUACUGGAAGAAGCAACAGAAGUAAGAUCAAAGCUACGGAGAACGGCGAAAGAUAUGGAAAAAGCACAAGAAGUAAUAUUGAAGCUGAAAGGAUCGAAGAAAGUUGGGAGAAGGCUGAGUGGCUGUGCCUGUCUGCCGGGCCGAGCCAUGGCUGGUGCUGGCCUGCUGGGUGUGCAAUGGCCCAAACCAUAAAAAGUUACUGAUAGUAUUAGGUAGUCCAAGCCCAAGGAGAAAUAGAGAAAAAAUAGAAGCCCCUGAUUUCCAACACACAUGUUCAAGCGAUAAUCACCCUCCCUCAAUUGCCCCAGCCUCUCACUCUCUCAGCUCUCUGCAAGCGAAUAAACAGGGGACGGACGACCGACCGACGAGGAACUCCGACCACCGUAUAGGGCUGCGGCUGCACCACACCUCGGAGCCUCCAGUCCGAUCCUUCGUCUCACUCGCUCACCUCGCCACAAUUCGUCAAUAGCCUAGUAUAUGCAGAUAAUACUAGUUAAUCUGAGGUUUAUCUUCAUAUAGACACCACCGCUGGAGUUCGGUCAGUCUUAAUUGAUUCUAUCGGGAAGAAAUGGGAGUGCAAUUAGCUAGCGAGCAAGUAGCCAUGCCAGAUAUUGAGAAUGUUGACCUUUCUGACUCAGUAGUGGUAUAUCAUGUCAAGGAUGCACUCAAAUCUGCUAUCAAGGGUGACAUUGACAAGUAUUCCCAGCUUGUCGGAGUUAUGAGUCAUGAUCAACACCUAGUACCUGAAGAUGUGGCAUUACUUGUGACAUGUUUAAAGGCUUUGUCAGGAACUGUCUCUUUUAUACACAUUGUUCAUCAUCGAUCUCUUCUUUCUUCGGUAUUUAGAAUGAGCAUGUGGAACUACGGGACUGAUGUGAUGGAUGCUCUGAUGGAACUGUUGGUAUCGUUGGCAGCAUCAAAUGGAGACUAUGUUGAUUUAUGCUUGGAAAUGCUUGUAAGCAAUUUUACACCACCCUCUACCUACGUACACUUGUUGAAUCAGCCAAGGGGCCAGGCAAAAAAGGGGCAAGUUCUAGAUCGUGUGCAUUCUACGUUGAAAGAUAUUGCUGAUUUAGUACCACUCUCACCUUUGAGACUUGAGAAAAUAGUAAAGGAAAGAAUGCCUAAGAUGAACGGCCCUAAUGCCUCUAAGGAAUUUAUUGUGAUCUAUGCGGAGAACAUGCUAAGGUUGGACUGUAGCCCACUCAGUGAACUUGUUGGGAGCACUAUGCUUCUGGCAAUUGUGGACAGAAUUGUAGAAUUGGAUGUGUUUAUACCAUGGGAUUCUAUUAUGCAAGAUGAUUUUACGAAAGGAAUUUUUGAAAUUGAGCUAGAAGAUCUACAGGGGCCCAUGGAUGAUGAUCAGCAGGAUAGUUUUGAGCUUGAAAGGGAUAUUUGGAUAGACAGGUUUUUUGGCGACAGUGACAAUGCUCAGAAGUUGGAUAGUUUGAUGGUGCUCACAUUCGAGUACUUCAUAUCAUGCAACGAAAGUGGACGGCUUUGUCAGGUUUUUGAUACACUUCUUCACUCGUUUCAAAAAACUGUUAUGACUGCUUACAAGUCCAAAUUUGCCCAGUUUGUUAUGUUCUAUGCUUGUUCACUUGAUCCUGAGAUCUGCGGCAAGAGGUUUGCGAUCACACUAAUUCAUAUAUUUGAGACCGGUGUCCAUGUAGAGUUGAGAAUGAGUGCUGUUGCAUAUCUUGCUAGUUAUAUAGCACGUGCAAGGUUUUUGGACGUGCCGUUUGUUGCUGACUGUUUGGAAAGACUGGUGAAUUGGUGUUAUAAUUAUAGCAAAAGUAGGGUCAGUGAAACUAUUCCAAAUCCUAAAGCUCACAAGGUUUUUUAUGCUGGAUGUCAAGGCAUAAUGUACAUUAUUUGCUUCCGAAGGGGAUCCAUUCAUAGUUUGUUCCGUAACAAAUCUAAACUCAUGCGCAUGCAUAUAGAGGAUAUCCUGAGGCAUCGGCUAAGCCCUUUGAUGGUUUGCUUGCCGUCAAUAGUGGAAGAGUUCCUUAGGGUAGCUGAAGCCACAUGCUUAUUUAGUUUCCCUGACAAUGAUGCCCCUGUCGGUCUGCUUGAGUCUGAACUCUCAAUAGCAUUUGGUGGGAAUCAGAGGCUCGACACAUUUUUUCCAUUUGAUCCCUGCUUGCUAAAGAAGGCCGACAGGUUCAUUAGGCCAAACUUUGUAUACUGGUCGAUGGUACGAACUGCUAGUGAUGAGGCUGAAGAAGACGAAUGCACGAGUGAUGAAGAUGAUGUUGAAGUUUGCAUUCCUGGGAAUGCUAUAGACAUUGGUGAUGGAACAUCCCGAAGUCUUGACGGUGACAAUGAGGGUGGUCUUGAUAGCAGCCUUAGCAAGAUGUCUAUAACUCCUAAAAAUAUGUUGCUUCAUCAACGCAUUGGUGGCGAAAGGGCCGGUUUGCUGAUGCCAUCUAGAAUCCGACCCUGUCCUGAGUCUUUGUGAAUUGUGAUCAACCUAUUGAUGUGCUUCUGUUAUGGAAAAGAGGUUGUGUUGUGCGUAUGUAAUUGUAGUUAAAUUGAUUAUGAACUUGAAUUAGUGUAUUGUUUAAUGUUAAACCUAUCAUAAAAUUAGUUCACGUGUAGUAUGCCACUUGAAAUUUAUUGUUGAACUUGUUGACGAAGUUUCCAUUUCUGGCCGAUUUUGAUCGAAGAAUCAUUUACGUUGGUCCCAGUUUGAUUUAAAGACAAUUGUUAAAGAAAGAUAUUUGCUGAUAUUG